AUGAACGGUCAUUUCUCUUCUGUUGGCGAGAAGCCAACACAAGCUCAAUACGAGCAUGGCAUCCAAGUUAUUGACGAGGACAAGGAGUUCAACGAGAAUAUCAAUGCCUACUUGCGUGCAACCGAUGUCGCUGAUGCUGGAUUCAACUAUCAUCUCAUAUCCGUGUUCGGAUCCCAGUCCACCGGUAAAUCGACCUUGCUCAACUACCUAUUUGGUACCGAGUUCAAUGUAAUGUCCGAGGUGGAACGACGCCAAACCACCAAGGGAAUAUGGAUGUCCAAAAACAAAAGGGGCUCUAUGGCCGACAAUAUCCUAGUUAUGGAUGUAGAAGGUACUGACGGCCGAGAGAGAGGCGAGGACCAAGAUUUCGAGAGGAAGAGUGCACUAUUUGCGCUUGCAACUAGCGAAGUGCUUAUUGUCAACGUAUGGGAGCACCAAGUUGGUUUGUAUCAAGGUGCCAAUAUGGGCUUGUUGAAAACCGUCUUCGAAGUCAACCUCCAACUGUUCUUGAAGGAUAAACAAUCUACCCCUAGGUCUCUCCUGUUCUUCGUUAUCCGUGAUCAUAUUGGUCACACUCCCCUAUCGAACCUUCGAAAUACCCUAAUCCAAGAUCUUACUAAGAUUUGGUCCUCGAUUUCGAAGCCAGCGGGUUUGGAGGGGGCGAAUAUAGAAGAUUACUUCGACUUCGCCUUUGCUGCGCUCCCUCAUAAGAUCCUACAGCCAGAUAAGUUCGAAGCCGAAGUCAAGAACCUAGGAGGCAGGUUUGUGACUGGAAGCCGGAACUCGAAGAACCAGCUCGAGCACAGCGAACAGGAACUCGAGGGUGGCGUCUUCCUACCCGAAUACCACCGAAGAAUCCCGGCCGAUGGAUUCUCCCAUUAUGCAAAUGGCAUUUGGGACCAGAUUGUUCAUAAUAAGGAUCUCGAUCUACCUACACAGCAAGAACUCCUUGCCCAGUUCCGCUGCGAUGAGAUUUCGCGAGAAGUCCUCGUAGCAUUCGAUGAAGCUAUUACUCCGCUGGAGGAGCAACAGGCGGAAUCCGCUCGCAGCGGAAGGCCCAUCGUUCUACCGGACCUCGGUAAGAUUGGCAGCUCAACUAGGGAGAAAUGCGUCAAGUCUUUCGAGACGCAGGCUAGCCGAUAUCACAAGAAAGUUUACUCGGAUAAACGAGCGGAUUUGGAGGGGAAGAUCGAUCAGCGUUUGAAGGCGUUGUAUCACGGCCAACUGUCUGCCGCCCACAAAGCCUGCGUUACUAGCUUCAGCGACGCCGUUUCCGGUGCCGUUAAGCAGGGCCAAAAGUCUGGAGGAGCCUACGAAUUUGCUGAGAUCGUGGAUGCAGAGAAGACUAGAACUUUGGACACAUUCAGGAAAGAGGCACAGGACUUGUUUAUCCCGGGUGUGGCGUGGACCAACUUCAAGCCUCAAUAUGUUCUCUUCGAGAAAGAACUUGAUGAAGUCAGCUCUCGCUUGCGAAAAGAGGAAAUGCGAAGACUGGCGAAUCGGGUUGAACGCUGGGUCAAAUCUCGUCUAGGCGAUUCGGUUGGUCUUGAAUUCAAUAAGCUUGGAUCGGGAAGAGGAGGAUCUGGAGCCCCUGAAGAUGGCGAGAAGCCUCCUUCUGAGAAAGACCUCUGGGAUCGUAUCUGGAACCUCUUUACUUCUGUUGUCAAGGAAGCCGAGGGCCGCUUCGCAGACAGGGCUAAGAGCUUUGAGGCGAGUGAAGACGAGGUUGAGGUCGGACUAUGGCGUUUACGACGGAAGAGUUGGGUAGCUCUCCGAGAGAAGAUCGAGGAAGAAGUAAUGGAAGGAAACAUUUUGUUAAAGCUUCGCGAAAACUUCGAGGAUAAAUUCCGAUACGAUGAAGCGGGUGUCCCGCGCAUAUGGCGGCCAGCCGAUGACAUCGAGGGCAUCUACACUCGUGCUCGAGAAUCAACUCUUACCCUUAUUCCCCUGUUGUCGAGGUUCAGGCUGUCCACAACAUAUGCACCUCCGGACCUCCCAGAGUUUAUUGGCAACCAGCCUCCUGCGGCGGAGCCUGAAGAUGAGGACGACUUGGCACCUAUUGGUGGUAUUGAUGAGGAAGAAGGGAAGAGUCUCGAGGAAGAGAUGACUGUCUUGAGCGAAAGCAAGCGUCAAGAUCUGGUGGUCAGGUUCAAGAAGACUGCCGAUGGUGUGUAUGUGGAAGCUAAGCGAAGUGCCAUUGGUGGGAUUACGCAGGUCCCCUUGUAUUUCUACGGGCUGCUAUUGGCACUGGGGUGGAACGAGAUCCUGACAGUUCUGCGCAACCCCGUUCUUUUUGUACUCUUGGUCAUCAUUGCCGGUGGGUUGUACGUCUCGUACAGCCUUAAUCUCCUAGGCCCUAUGAUGCAGAUGAGCAACGCUGCCUGGAACCAGGCCUCGGAUAUUGGCAAGCAACGUCUCCGAGAGUUCGUCGAGAACAAUGAGACUGCGAGACAGGCAAUUGGCAUGGCGGGUCGGGAUAGCGACUCGAUCAGCAUGGACACGUUAGACAGCCGGGGAAAGAAGAAGUCGCGUGUGGCAACUGAUGACGACGACGAUAUGUAA